AUGGAGUACGCGAAGUCUCUCAAGGCUUCUCUGGAGGAUGUCAUCGCCAACUCGACGAGUCUCCUACGCUUUCUCCAAGACUCGCCCCAGAGUGCUCACCCUUCAGGAUGUGGUCCGGCCGACCCAUUCGCACAAGCGCCAUCAGAUGUCAACAUCGCACGGCAGAAACUCUGUGAAGGCGCGACCAAGCUUGUGCAGCUGUCUACGAGUUCAGAGGAAUACUUGGACCAUCUCGCAAAUAACUAUCAAGAAUUGACCUGCGUGAGAUGGCUUGUAGACCUCAACGUCCUGCAGCACCUUCCGGAACAGGGCUCCAUCAGCUAUUCAGCGUUGGCUGCUCGUGCUGGUGUGCCUGAAAAGCAGCUCAAGAGCGUGGCUCGCAUGGCGGUGAUCAACGGCUUCUUGCAGGAGAACUCGCCAGACCAGGUCGGCCAUGGCCGUGCCUCGAGCUUGCUGGUCCGGGAUGACAACUUCAUGAGCUGGGCACGCUGGAUGGUCAACUAUUCCAUUCCGGUGGCACUCAAAUUGGCAGACGCCACUCGCAAAUGGGGUGACACGGACGCCAAAGAUCAGACGGCGUAUCAGGUGGCCAUGAACACAACCGAACCAUUCUUUGACAGCCUUCGCAAAUCGCCUGAACUCACUUCGCUAUUUUCUGGAUACAUGCGAAACGUCACCGCUUCCUGGCCCUGGAGUCUUCAGCACGCUGUGGAUGGCUUUGACUGGGCCGCACUUCCUCACGGCAGCACAGUAGUCGAUGUCGGCGGAUCCCAUGGUCAGCUCGCUGUAUCGGUGGCGCGCAAGGUGCCUCAUCUCAAAUUCAUCAUCCAAGGUCUUCCGGAGACGGUCCUCACAGCAAAGAAAUCCUUCGACAACGACACCAGCAUUGAGGCAUCCGUCAGAUCUCGUAUCAGCUUCAUGCCGCAUGACUUUUUCACCGAACAACCAGUGUUAGAUGCUCAGGCGGCCGUCCAAAAGACUCCCUCUGCACAGGUCGUCUUGAUGGACACUGUGCUACCGCCACCAGGCUCGAUCUCCGCGUUGCAGGAGCGACAGCUUAGAGUCAGAGACUUGAUGAUGAUGAGUGUCUUCAACGCGAAGGAACGGGAAUUGGAGGACUGGAACAAUCUGGCCGAGCGUUCAGGCAUGCAAGUUACCGCUCUACACCAGCCCCGUGACAGUGUCAUGGCUCUGCUCACCACUAGGCUAGCCUCCUCGACCACUGAUUCACAUGUUGACCCAGUCCAGAUCCGUGCAGACAGCCCUCUCAAUGACACUGUCAUGGGCGGAGACAAGCCUGUCAUCAUUGCCGGCGCGGGUAUUAGUGGCUUGUGUCUUGCCCAAGGUCUGAAGAAGGCAAACAUUCCGUUCCUCGUCUUCGAGAGGGAUGCAGCAGUGGACUCACGGCCACAGGGCUAUCGCUUGAAGCUCGAAGCCGGCGGCGCACAAGCUCUCUUUGACUGUCUUCCUGCCGAUAUCUACCGAGAAUUCGAGACCAGCUGUGCCGUUACUGCUGUAGGUGAGACCGAUUUCAGCCCGUUCACCGGCGAUAUGAUCAAAAGUCGCAGAGGUGGUGGCCUGUCCGGACAGCUCGGCCUGAACCCCAACUACACUGUUGAUCGUCGAGCUUUUCGUAAAGCACUGAUGAAAGGCAUCGAGGAUCGCAUCACCUUCGGCAAGGAACUGCGAUCAUACGUUGCCGACACCGACAAGCAGACUGUCACAGCUCGCUUCAAGGACGGGUCCAUCGUCGAAGGUCGUUUUCUAGUGGGCACAGAUGGCUUGAGCUCUGUCGUACGUCGUCAACAGAUGCCCACGCACACUCUUGUGGACACCGAGGCAGUAUGCGUCUAUGGCAAGACGCCACUGACACCAGAGUUCGUGGCCACAUUCCCAUCGGCGGGCCUUCGGUGGAUGACAGUAGUCUCUGACUCCGCUCCAAUGCUGCAGUCAUGCCCCAUCGGCGAGGCACCAGUGACAGUGCUCGUCGAACCUAUCCGCUUCAGCCCCGAGAGCCGAGCACACAACCCGGACCUCCCUGCCGACUACCUUUACUGGGCCUUCAUAGGAUCCAAGCAGCGAUUCGGCGUCACUACCAACAACACCACUGACUCCGUCUCCUGCACACUCUCCCUGACCGAGGAGUGGCACCCUUCUAUCCGAUGCCUCUUCGAGCAACAAGACCAAUCCCAAGCCACCACAAUCCAAGUCGCUUCCUCAGUACCCGAGAUCCCAGCCUGGGAGUCGCACUCACUCGUUACCUUGCUCGGAGACGCCGUGCACCCAAUGUCUCCAUGCGGCGGCGUGGGCGCUAACACCGCGCUUUGCGACGCUGUGGAUCUUGCAAAGGUUCUGGCUACUAUUUUGAAGGCAGGCGAGACCACAGCUGUCAAGGAGAUUGCACAGUUUGAGAGUGAUAUGAGGACGCGUGCUUUCAGGAGUACUCUCAGAAGUGAGAUUGGCAGCAAGAAGAUGUUUGGGAUGAAGGAUUUGGUUAAGUGUGAUGUCUUGAGCAGUCAGUCUUCUUAG